AUGCAGAUUGGGGAAUUCCCUAAAAUAAACAACAAGCCCUGAACAAGUUUACAAUUUGAGCCACUGAGUUGGUUGUUGCUGCUUUUAUCGUUAGAACGCAAUUCAUCUCAGGUCACUUAAAGCUCCAUAUAUAUAUACACAACUUGAAUUGCUGUAUUAGCUAACAAUUGCCGUAAUUCUAUUGAUCUAAGAUUCAAGUUAAAGGAUUAAUGGAUAGAUUCAUUGUUAGCAUUCGCCGGAAGUACAAAGAAAGACUCUUAAAUCGUGACGAACAAUGGCCACCAGUUAGAGGAGACAGGCUCAUCAACUUGCAGUUAGUGGAGGCUGUAAAAGAAGAAGGAUUUAGAGCCGGCUUGUCACAACAUGGUGCACCUGAUGAUAAGAUCAAACGUACUCCAAUUCUCUAUGGCGACCUGUUCAAAGUUGAAGAAGGCAAGAAACCAGUGAGGAAGCUCAUCGUUGAAGGUAAUGCUGGGAUUGGUAAAACCACACUGUGUACCAUGCUUGCUGAAGGGUGGGCAGAGGGGAAGAUCCUGACACAAUUCGACUGUGUUUUGUUGCUUCCACUGAGAGAAAAUGAAGUAUCCUCUGCCACAAGUCUUGCGGAACUGUUCAAACUUCUCCACCCCAGUGAGAGGAUCCGAACAUCUGUUAUAGAAGAGUUGGAGGAUAGAGAGGGAGAAGGUGUCCUCAUCAUAGCUGAUGGCUGGGACGAACUCAGUAUUGAAAAUCGUUUGAAAGUGUCUUUUCUUUACAAACUUUUCUUUGGUGGUUUUCUUCCCUUCGCUUCUGUUCUCCUCACCUCACGACCUUCUGCUUCAGCUACUCUUCACGACCUUCCUUCUGUGAACCGUUUGAUUGAGGUAGUUGGUUUUAAUGAGGAGAGUAUCAAGCAAUACAUAGAAUCAGAGUUCGAGCAAUUCCCAGAGAAAGCUUCUUCUCUUAUCGAGCAGCUUGAGAACAACCCAGCCAUUCAGAGUGUGUGUUCUGUGCCCCUCAAUUGCGCCAUUGUUUGUAAUUUGUGGCACACUUUAGACCAAGAGCUUCCUCGUACGCUAACUGAGCUGUACACUCAAAUUGUCCUUAGCAUUAUCCUUCGCAAUGUCAAAAAGAAAGUCUCUGAUUGUCCGAUUACUCUUACUAAAUUUGACGAAAUUCCAAAUGAUCUACAAGACACAUUCUGGUUGAUCUGUGAGUUUGCCUAUGAGUGCUUAUUACUAGAUCAGCUGGUUUUCUCAGAAGAUGAAUUGUCCUCUCGCUUACCUAACGUUGGUGACAAGUUGCAGUGCUUUGGUCUGUUGCAGUCUGCACGAUCACUUCUACCUGUUGGUCAUGGCUUGUCUUUUCACUUUGCUCACCUGACCAUCCAGGAGUUCUUGGCUGCCCUCCAUCUUGCUACUCUACUCAAUGGGGAUAAACUCAAGGUUGUUAAGGCUAAUGCUGAUAGUGACCGGUUUGACAUGGUGUGGAGAUUUAUGUUUGGUCUUGCUAGUAAACACCAUGGUAGUCGUAGUGAUAAGGUGAUCAAGUUAGAUGAUGAUUUGAUGGAUCAAUUUAUCGUUGCUAAAAGUGGGUUAUUACAAUUCAAUUUUAAUGAAGAUAUUUUAACUUUAUGUCAUGUGGCUUUUGAAGCUUUAAAUCCUGGCUUCUCAACAAAAGUUUGUAAAAGGCAUGCGAAAAAUCUAUUAUACGCUGAUUUCAGCACUUCCUUUGACUGUGUAGCUUGCUUCUAUGUUCUUCGUCAUGCAACAAAAUGUGAUGAUAUGGUUGUUAGCAUGUCCUUUUGUCCAAUUGAUGAUAAAAUGUUGAAAGAACUAACUGACAUACUGUCGAAUGCGAAUGGUAAACUGCAAGUGCGACAAUUAUCCCUCCAGCAGACUAAGUUGUCUGACAAUGGUGUUGCUGAUCUAUUCAAGAGAGCUUCAGCUGCCUUCAUAGCUUUAAGUGGUCUCAUUUUGUCUAAGAACAACUUUACUGACAUCAUGUUGUCAUUCAUGCACACAUCUAGUACAAGCCUCUCACAACUGAACUUAUCCCACAACCCUCUUGGUGCGUCUGGCAUACAGUCAUUAGACACAGCUGUACAGUUUGGUGCUCUUAUCAACCUGAAGAGACUGACGCUAUCCAACACCCUCACUGACGAUGCUGAUGUCAAUGGAGCUCUGCUGACCACCCUCUUACAGUCCAUUGCCUCUCACUGUGCUCAACUGAAAUACUUAGAACUCUCUGAAAACAAUCUUGGUUUACCUGGAUUAUGUUCAGUUGUAGAGAACAUUCCGUUACGAUUGUAUCACAUUGGAUUAAGAGCUACCCAUUUCACCACUUCAUUUCACUCAGAGUCUCAAUACACAGUCGCCUGUGACAUGCUGGAUCUCCACCCAAACAAUUUAACAGUGAUGCGCUUGGAUGGCUCCAAUUUCAGUGGAAUCGCUGGAAGUCUCUUACUGGCAAAGAUUCUUCAAGCAUUCCGAUCAUCACUGGAAGAUCUUUACUGCCAUGGCUGUUCUCUCACCUCUGCCGACAUCAUAAUGCUUAUCCACCAUCUCAAGUCCGCUAAUGUGAUAUAUAAAAAUCUAAAUUUGUUGGAUCUCAAGGACAACUCUAUUGAUGAUGAGGGAGUGAUAGUUCUCACUGAGUGUCUACCAGAGCUGUUCCCUAGUCUGGAGGAGUUUCAUGUUUAUAGGUACCUGCAGGGUGGCGUUCAUCUCCGUGGUAAUCCUGUGAGUGAGGAGUUGAUACUCAUGUGCAACGAACAGUUGAAGGCCAUACGGGAAUCAAGAAAUUCUGCAGUGCUGAACGAGUGGGACGGAAAAUGUUUACCUCCACAAAAUGAAGAGAUGAAGCGCACUUCUCUUUGGGAUAUCCUACUGUCGAAGAUGAUUGACAAGGCUGUAGCGAUCUCUUCAGCUGCUUCCAGUUUUACUGACCAACUAAUACCAACAGAUUUUAGUUAUGAGAUUGUUGAGGUUGUUGGUACAGUAACUCUGAGUGAUGUCACUGAUCCAGACACUCUCAUCAAUGAACAGAGCUUCUCUCAGGCAUCACCAGUAGAGCACCACCCCACAACUAGUGAUGAAGCUACUUGUACAACAGUCCCGCUCUCUACCCAUGGAAUACACCAACAUACAACAGCCUCUACUGUGAUAUCAUCUGAUGUCACUGAAGGAGAUACCUCACAAGAUGUCCUCACUUCAUAUCCACAUUCCAGUCACUCAGGAGCUGGUAGACCAAGGACUGUGACCAUUGAAGAAUUGAAGGAGUGUACAAAAGUGACCGACUCUCAACUUGACACUGAAAUUAAAAUGACUGACAUGAUUGUUCUGGCGACUCACUUUGACAAUAUAGAGACCUACCCUGUACAACUGGGACUGAAUCCUGCUGAACACCAAACUGUUAGAUCUUUAUCAUUUCAAUAUGAUAUUCAGCAAUGGACAAGGCCUUGAGACUGUGGAUACAGCAUAAUCCAGGGGCUGCUACUUACAGAGCUCUGGUGGCAAUUUUGUUGAGAAUGGGAAAAGAAGCACUGGCGUUUGAAAUUUGCCAGACAGCAACAAAAACUCCUCUGGUGCAGUAUACGUAAAAGAUAUCUAAUAACCAUUUAUUAUGUUUUUAAAUCACUAUCUGAACAAUAAUUAGAUACUUACAAAUUUAUCUCAAAGAGUUUAAUCAAGAGUAUAAUCAUAAUAAUUAUGCUCUUGGUUUCAAAAGUGUGUUUGUGCUAGAUCUAGACUUUAAACUGUAGCUCUAGAUCUCUUUUCUUUCUUGUUAUCAGAGGCAAGUUAGUGGGGUCAUGUUAUGUGCCACCUUCAUUUCAUUAUUUACAACCUCCAAAUUAAUUGCAUCACAUGAUGAUCAUUUCCAGUUACAAGUAGAUCUACAAAGAGGGUGUUUUUUGUUGCGCCCUCCCGGUUACGAUUUCUGAUUCAAGUCUGAUGAGAAACAAGAAUGUAAUUUGAGCUAUGGUCGUGUGAGGGAGCAAGGCAAAGUGUUGCAGACGUUUGUACAGAGCGUGGUUAAUUCCCGGGUCCGUGUCAUUCCUUGCACCCGGGUGAUGCCAUCAUAGAGGUCAACGGGGUCGACGUUAAGUAUGCUCCCGUUGAAGAAGUAGUGAAAUGGAUACACGAGGGGGCGGAGACAGGAGCAAGGAUUGCUCUGAAGGUGGAGUUUGUGGAUGGAGUCACUCGAUUGGACAGAAUUAAGGCCUCCGAUGAUGUCAAAGCCAUAAAUCAACGACAAGCAGUUACAACUUAGCCGGCUCAUCGACCCAAUCAAAAGACAGUACCAUACGCAAAUCCCUUCACUCACCUCCCGUCCUCACACCAGUCACUAGCCUCACACCUUGGAGUGAAACCACACCCACUAACAAACCGAAACACAGUCCAUUUGGUUACGAUCGUCAACUGAACAGCAUAGUCUCGUUACAUACGGACAGUGUGACUGGUCUACUGUGUGAUGUGCUGGUCA